AUGGCUGCUCGUGGAGAGUCGCGGCCGCGAUGUCUGGGGAGCAACAACCCCAAUAUCCCCCAUCCAGCAUCGAUCGAUCGGCCGAUUUUCUCUGAGGAAUGGGGUUCUGUCGCCCCGAGCGGGUAUCGCGUCACAGACCAUAUGAUCAAUGAACCACGGCCGGGAAAGGAGUCGUUCAAGAUAAUAAUGGUCGGCUGUGGACCAGCAGGAAUCGAUUUCUUGCACCAUGUUACCAAGGAGUUUGGGCCUGGCUCUGGCGUGGAAUUUGCAUGUUUUGACAAGAACCAUGAUGUUGGCGGCACCUGGCUGGAGAAUCGAUACCCAGGGUGUGCCUGCGAUGUGCCCAGCGCCAGCUACCAAUUCCCCUGGAGACCUAAUCCUGACUGGACACGGUAUUAUUCUCCCUCGAAGGAGAUCUGGGAAUACUUUAGAAAGAUCGUUGAGGAAGAAGGGAUGAUGAAGUAUAUCCGGUUACGGACGACAGUCACGCACGCGGAGUGGGAUGAGGAUAGAUCGAAAUGGUCGAUCUCGCUUGAGGAACGAGAUACGGCAGACAAGAUCAUCAAGACGUGGGUGGAAGAAUGUGAUUUGCUCUUGAGCGGAACUGGCAUCUUGAAUGCUUGGAAAUGGCCAGAUAUUCCCGGGAUUAUGUCCUUCAAAGGCAAACUCUUCCAUACUGCACGGUAUGAUGAAGGUUAUGACUUGCGAGGGAAACGCAUUGCUGUCAUAGGUUCCGGAAGCUCGGGAGUCCAAACAGUUGCAUCCAUCUAUAACGAUGCUGCGAGAGUGUAUACAUGGGUGAGAACACCGACAUGGGUCACGGCUGGGUUUGGGCAGAAGUUUGCUGGGGAGGGAGGAUCGAAUUUUGCCUAUGACGAAGCACAAAAGGAGAUAUGGCGGAGUGACCCAGAAAAGUAUAGAAGGUAUAGGAAGAUGGUCGAGAAUGAGCUGAAUGGGAGAUUUCGUUUUAUUCUAAGGAACAGUAAAGAGUCUGACGAUGCAAACGAGUUCUCUUACAACGAAAUGACAUCAAAGCUGGGAGAUAACCAACGGCUAAAAGACAAUAUAAUCCCGACCAAUUUUAAUGUGGGUUGUCGACGCGCUACGCCAGGAAACGGAUAUCUAGAAGCUCUGGUGGGAGAGAAGACAACUUGUUAUACCGAAGGCAUCAAACGCAUAACAGAAAAGGGGUUCCUCGAUCCAGACGGAAGAGAAGUAGAAGUCGACGUCAUCAUCUGCGCGACUGGAUUCGAUACCACAUUCCGCCCUCGCUUCCCCAUCAUUGGGCUAGAUAAACAGGACCUCGCUACACGCUGGGCCGAAGAACCAGACGCCUACGUAGCAGUCGGCGUACCCCGUGUACCAAAUUAUUUCACAUAUACUGGCCCAUAUGGACCCCUAGCACAGGGAUCCGUUCUACCUCUUCUCACCCUAUAUUCCAACUACUUUAUGCAAGUGAUUAAGAAGAUGCGCAAGGAACAUAUACGGCGCCUAAGUCCCAAGGAGAGUGCCGCAGCUGCAUUCCGUGAACAUGCAAAAGUCUACCUCCAACGUACCGCUUGGUCGGAUGCGUGUAGUAGUUGGUUCAAGCAAGGGAGGAAAGAUGGAAAUAUUGUGAUGUGGCCUGGUAGCAGGCUGGCGUUUUUUGACGUUAUGUCGGAACCCAAGUUUGAAGAUUAUGAGAUUGAGUAUUGGAGUGGGAAUCGAUGGGGGUAUUUGGGGAGUGGGUUCACGACUGAAGAGUUUGAUGGGGAGAGCGAUAUCAGCUAUUAUUUGAACUGUAGGUUGUAUCCUGAGGUGGAUGAAGCGGAGAAGAAAGCGAAUGAGGAGGCACAUAUAUCGGAAACGGUGGAUGUUAAUGGCCUGCUGCUUUGCACGCCUGGACAUCUUACCCGAUGA